AUACGAACUGCUCUGAUGUUCGCGCAAAGUGUUGUGCCUUCUUCGAUUGUUGCGACUCGAGUCCUUUGAAUUUACGAGUGAUGUUUUCGUUGUUCGGUUGUUGACACUUUGUGCAUUCAAUAAUGUGAACAUGAAAAGAUUUUAUUGUUGAAAAAAAUUAGGUCUGUAGAAAACUAAGCUUAUUUCUGAGAUCAGAAAAACAUAACCGUAAAAUGAGCGGCAAAACAAAUGUAUCAGCUGUCGAUCCAGUGCAAGAGGAAUUUGCUGGUCGCGUGAGAGAAGUAGGAAACCAUGCAAUUUGGAGUCUCUCAAGCUGCAAGCCAGGUUUUGGAGUUGACCAACUCAGAGAUGAUAUUACAGAAACUUAUUGGCAAUCUGAUGGACAAUUACCUCAUCUUGUAAAUAUUCAGUUUCGUCGUAAAACAACUAUUCGAGAUAUAUGCAUAUAUACAGAUUACAAGCUUGAUGAAAGUUAUACACCAAGCAGAAUAAGUGUAAGAGCUGGUACAAAUUUUAAUGAUUUACAAGAAGUUGAAGUUAUGGAUCUGACUGAACCAAGUGGCUGGGUUGUGAUACCGAUAAAAGAUGAAAGUGAAAAGCCAAUAAGAGCAUUUAUGAUUCAAAUUGCAGUGAUUAGUAAUCAUCAGAAUGGACGAGAUACACAUAUGAGACAAAUAAAAGUGCAUAGUCCUGCUGAAGAUGUUUUAGGACCACAUUCUCAACUUGUUCCAGGACGUUUUUUAACAAAUGAAUUUCAAAGAUAUGCUACUAUAAGAUAGAGUGUUGUUAUUUAUGUUAAAAAGUAUUUUAUAUAUAUAAAAGCUAAUUGAAAGUUUAAUUGAAAAUAGAUUUUCAAUUAAUUAUUAUAUUUCUUAAUGCUGUAUUUAAUAUUUUAAGUGUAAUAGUACAGUAAGACUAUAAACAUUUUGAAAUUAAGAAUGUAAACAAACACUUAUAUGUGUAUUUAUCCAUUGUCAACAUAGAUCUCAGAUACAAUGUAGAUAUAAAUAUCUGUAAGUA